AUGGCCUCCCCACCCCCAGACAGUGGCCCCCGUCGCUCAUCCAGGCCCAAGAGGACCAUCACCGUUGCCGAGAGCGACGAGGAGAAUGAUAUUCCUAAGCCCGCCCCCAAGAAGACGAAAGCUCAGAAGGCCAAGGAAGCCAAGGAUGUCGUUGUCGUCUCUGACGAUGAAGAAGAAGCCUUCUCGCCCGAUGUGCUGGACGCACUGAAGGGCGACAGUGACGAAGAAGGUAUUGAGGACGACGACUCGCCACCUCCCAAAAGCAAGAAGGGCAAGAAAUCCGCUCUCAAGGCUACUGCCAAAAAGGAAAGGGCGCCUCCCAAGCCGAGGAAGAAGAAGGAGGUGACCCCAGCGACGGAGAGCGAAGAUGAUGAAGCCGAUGGCCCCACGCUAAAGCUCGGCGACAAGCUCCCUAGCAUCAAGCUCAAGAAUGAGGACGGCGAACUUGUGGAUGUAUCAACUCUGGCAGGGGAGAAGGGCGUCGUGUUCUUCCUCUAUCCCAAGGCUGACACUCCUGGGUGUACCAAUCAGGCGUGCGGCUUCCGGGACAUGUAUGCGGAGAUCGCAGCGUACGACUAUGAAGUGUACGGUCUGUCGAAAGAUUUGCCGACUGCCCAACAGAAGUGGAAAGCCAAGAAGAACCUCAAUUACCACCUUCUAAGUGACCCCAAGAGCAAGCUUAUCGAAAGACUCGGUGCUUUCGUACCUCCCAAGAACACCAAGCGCUCCCAUUUCAUUUUCGAGAAGGGUACAGGUGAACUCAUUGACGCUGAGAUUGGGGUCAGGCCUGUGGAAGACCCCAACAACGUGGUCGCUUUCCUUACAGAGAAAUACGAUUAA